AUGGCGGACGAUCCAAGCGCAGCUGACAGAAAUGUGGAAAUCUGGAAAAUAAAGAAACUCAUUAAGAGUUUGGAAGCAGCCAGAGGUAAUGGGACCAGUAUGAUUUCGCUGAUCAUCCCUCCUAAAGACCAGAUCUCCCGAGUGGCCAAAAUGCUGGCUGACGAGUUUGGCACGGCCUCCAACAUCAAGAGCAGAGUCAACAGACUGUCUGUACUCGGAGCCAUCACUUCUGUACAACAGAGACUCAAACUCUACAAUAAAGUUCCCCCUAACGGACUAGUAGUGUACUGUGGCACCAUUGUGACUGAAGAAGGCAAAGAGAAGAAAGUCAACAUUGACUUUGAGCCGUUUAAACCCAUCAACACUUCACUCUAUCUCUGUGACAACAAAUUUCAUACUGAGGCCCUGACAGCGUUGUUGUCAGACGACAGCAAGUUUGGCUUUAUCGUGAUUGAUGGUAGCGGUGCACUGUUUGGGACCUUACAGGGCAACACCAGAGAAGUGCUGCACAAAUUCACAGUGGACCUACCAAAAAAGCAUGGUAGAGGAGGGCAAUCAGCGCUGCGUUUUGCACGGUUGAGAAUGGAGAAGAGACACAACUAUGUGAGGAAGGUAGCUGAGACGGCAGUUCAGCUCUUCGUGUCCAAUGAUAAAGUCAACGUGGCCGGCUUGGUUCUGGCUGGCUCUGCAGACUUCAAAACCGAACUGAGUCAGUCUGACAUGUUUGACCCGAGAUUACAAGCGAAGGUGCUGAAGCUAGUCGACAUUUCCUAUGGAGGAGAGAAUGGUUUUAACCAAGCCAUCGAGCUGUCGGCCGAAGUCCUCUCUAACGUCAAAUUCAUUCAAGAGAAGAAACUAAUAGGACGCUAUUUUGACGAGAUCAGCCAAGACACCGGGAAGUACUGUUUUGGUGUAGAGGACACGCUAAAGGCGCUGGAGAUGGGAGCAGUCGAGAUCCUCAUUGUUUACGAGAACCUGGAUACCAUGAGAUACAUCUUACGAGUACACGGGGCUGAGAGCAACGGAGUAGAAAACGACGAGAAGACCAUUUAUCUGACACCUGAACAAGAGAAGGACAAGUCUCACUUCACAGACAAGGAGACGGGACAGGAGCAUGAGCUGAUUGAGUGUAUGCCACUGCUGGAGUGGUUUGCUAACAGCUAUAAGAAGUUUGGAGCCACACUGGAGAUCGUAACAGAUAAGAGUCAAGAGGGAUCACAGUUCGUUAAGGGCUUCGGAGGAAUUGGAGGUAUCUUGCGAUACAGAGUGGAUUUCCAGGGAAUGGAAUACCAGGGAGAGGACGACGAGUUUUUCGAUUUGGAUGACUACUAGGUAGUCGGGGACUGAAAUGAGAAGCUAAACGAAUAGAAAGAAUGAAAUAGGGGAAAAAUAAUGGAAAGAAAUGUCUUUCUUUUUGCAGCAAGAAAGUGUGUGGACCCUAAUUAACCACAAACGCACAUUAAACACACAGGCUGUUUCAGAUGCUGAAGAGGAGUCAAACUGUCAAUCAAAUGAAGAACGGUGCCCUUCAUAAAUAACGAGUCUGCCCCUGCCUUAGAGUGCUCUGAUUGGAUAGGACUUUGCCUCAUUUUGGUUAUUCUUCUUCCCAUUCGAAUGAAUGAAGCGACAGCACAUGCCCAUGGUGUUACACUGCUCAGUCCAAAAAAGAUCCAUGGACUCACUUCUGUUAUAAAGAAAUCUAUUUUUCUUUAUAUCCCCCUUUUUCUUCCAUAUUUCCACCAUCAGCCCAUCCCUACCUCUGUGGGUCCUUUUUUUGCAUUUCUUUUUUUUUACUGGCAACUGCUGCUGCUGUAUUUUAUGACAGUGUGGGAUUUUUUUUACCUGGGUUUCUGUAGCGAAUGGGGGGGAACAAAAAAGUAUUAAAUUUGAACUGCUCAAAACCAA